AUGUUCUCAGAAUCACCGUGCUCACUCGAUAUUUUAGAUGCCUCGCGCUUCCUUGCCCAGUCACAGUCCCGUUUAACCCCCUCCUCUAACGACCGUCGAAAUGGCAUUGGCCAUUCGAACCAGCAACCGGGCCGUCCUCGAUUUUCCACAUCCCGAGCCUUUCUGCAAAUGACGAUAGAUCCCUACCAACAAGGCAUAUCACAUAUGUCAAACUUCCCAUUUGGCUCGCGAACUUCUGCGCUACCUGCACCUCUCUUCUUCAGUGCCAAUGAUGAGUUACGUGAAGACGACGAUGAGGCAGAGCGCGAGCGUGAGAUAGCGGAUUAUUAUGCUUUACAAAGAUCAAGGCGCCAUCUCAGCAGCAGCCGUCUGAAAGAUUCACUUGGGUCUGAAGAGUAUGAUGACAGCUCUGCAAGUUUUGAACAGAGAUCUCCCCAAGAUGACAGGUAUAUUGAGCGCAGAGGUAUCAGAAGCUCAUGGCGUGCGAGUGACAAAUCUACAAAGGGUGAUCGGGAUGUUUCGGUUGAAUCGGGGGAAAGGAUAGCGGCCGACAGUGAACGGUCUGAUGCAACUCGGCGAAGUCAUAGCCCUCAAGGAAAUUUGGUUGAUGUUCGUCUCGACGAUACGUUGAUCAGCGGGCACACUGUCAAGCGGAAUGGCACAUCUGAACGAGGUGAUGAUGAACCCCCUUCCGUUCAGCUAUUUCGAGAACAACCGGGCGCUGUGGGGAACAAUCAUGAUUUGGACCCCUUCCCUAUACCGACCGUAGCAGACAAGCUAUCAUUACUCGAUGAUCCUCGAAUCUUGAGCCCCGGGGCCUCUUCCCUGCCACCCAUUUCGACCCAGGGCUUGGGGUCGCCAUUCCAUGAUGCUCUAUGGGGUCAACUUUUCCUACUAUCCUUGGCCUGCCUCCUUGCUACGUCCUUUCUCGUUUAUCUGCAUACAUCUGCACCCACGGGGGACAAAUCAAAGUGGGGCGAUACGAUUUAUUUCACUGUUCACGGGUCGUUCCACCUGCUCGGCUUAUAUACCAUGAUUUCAAUAUUCGUCUCACUCCUCUGGCUGGUACUACUGCGGUUCUACUUGCGCCCUAUGGUUUAUGUGAUAAUUUUUGCAGUCCCUCUCAUUUUAUACUCAUUCUCUUUCUACCCAUUCAUCUCAAGCUUCCGUGGGCACUGGAGCGGGACUAGCAUACAGGAUAAAGCCCUGAGAAUCGGCUCCCUUGUGCCAUUUAUUGUGGCAAGUGUCUGGAUAUACAAUGUUAUCCAAAGUCGCCAUUCUGUCGGUAAAGCAAUCAGUAUCCUUGAAUUCGCGUGUCGAAUUCUCGCUGCGAAUCUCGAAUUGUUAGCAGUUGGUCUUGGCGUCCUCUCCUGUAUCGUUUGUUGGACCUGGAUCUGGAUGCUGAUGUUUGCUCGGGUUUUCCUGGGCGGGCAUGUCUCAAAUUCGAAUGCUUUUGCUAUCGAUAUGAGCAGCUGGUGGCUGGGAGUCUAUUUCGUCAUCAUCUACAUCUGGUCAUUGGGAGUCUUCGCUGGUAUUCAAAAAUCGGUCACCGCCGCCACAGUGAGUCAGUGGUAUUUCCAUCGCCGUGCCAGCCCCAGUCCGACAUCUAGGCAAGUCGUUCAAGCGGCCUUUGUCCAUUCUGUCACUACAUUAUUCGGUACCAUCUGUUUUUCCAAGUUUAUUGCCUUGUCCACUCGACUUCCCCUUCUAUUGUUGCCGUCCCGUGUAUCUCGAAUUCUGAAUAUCUUUGUAUACUCCUUUAUUCCGUCCUCUAUCGCCAUACUCGCUGACCCUCUCGCUCUCACUUACGCCGCGAUUCACUCUCAACCUCUGGCAUCGUCUGCUCGAGACCUUACGCGGAUGUCGAGCAUUUCGUGCCCAAUAAAUGCAUCGUCAUUCCACCCACGGUAUUUUUCUUGGUCUCGUGUCGGUUCUGCACCCUUGCUUUCAUAUCGGCUCUCUAAGCUUAUUCUUCAUGCUGCUCGCUCUAUGAUGUCUCUGGCGCUUGGUUUCGGAGGGUGGGUAAGCACUGCUCGCAGCUUUGACUUUCCUGGCCUUAGCAAUGCAACUCGUGGCAGUAUGUAUGCCUACGUGGUUGGACUAAUAGCAGGAUUAAUCGGCUGGAGUAUCUUAGGGGCUGCUGAAGGCGUUUUGGCAGACAUUGUCGAUGCCUCUGUUCUGUGUUGGAGUAGCGAAAUGGGACUCCAUGACGGCGAAGCUCGCUACUGCCGAGAAGCAGGAUGGCUGUUUGGGGACGAUCUGGCAAAUGAUGUUUCCAGGCGCCCGCAUCUUCGUCAAGCUGAACCUUAG